AUGCGGCAAGCGUGUCGGGUUGCAAAAGACAAGGCAGCAGCCCUAAGGUGCUACUGCAUUGAAGCAGGGCUCUUGAAACUUCCAGUCCGUGCAAAGGUGGGAAAAACAAGGCAGGCGUGUCCGAAAGAUGUUAACAGGAAACGACGGAGCCUUGAAGCCAGCCUGCAGAAGCUUUUUGCAAAGGGUCGUGCUAAUGGAGCAGGGGUCGAAGAGUUUGUGUGGGGUAUAUCUUACGGGGAUGGCAGCAUCAGGAUUGAUCUUACCACUCUCUUGUCCAAGCACCUCACUGUACCGGAGCGCAAGGCAGCUGUAACUUCUUUGGGGCCAGUGUGCUCUCCCCCAAUGGCGGUCACAUCCUUCACUGCCGCGUUUGGGCCUGCGAGUGGGCGCUUGGCAUGGUGGCCUCCAGUUGUACCGCUCUUGAAAGCAUGGAAGCUGAAAGCGGAGGAAACCAUCGCUGUUCUUGAAGCGAUGGCACGGAACAUUGUGACGCAUUUCGGGGCCGGCACAACUAUGUCGGAAGAAGAGCAGAAGCGUGGCUGCCUGGAGGUUUUCAAACGGUGUGUGGUGGGGGCGCAUGUUGCUGCUGGCCUGAAAGGGUCCGACAGUCAGAAAGUGGCCAUUUUCGAGCUCAUCGGCGAGAAAGCUCUGAUGACGUGGCAGCUUCCUGAAGCCAGUGGCCAAGGACAGGAAGGUUGCGACAGCGGCGCAUUGAGGCAACCUCCUGCCCCAAGACGGGUGAGAAGGACCAAGGCGCAAAUGGGUCCGCAACCCUUCCCGUGCCCGCACUGCAUUGGCGAGUACUCCACAGCGGCGGCCGUACGGGCUCACCGGUGUAAAGCUAGAAGUGGGGCCCAGCCAAACACGGAAAGCCCCGAGACGGAAGCCCCCGCACCGGAGGGAGCUCACCAUGGCAGGGGUGCAAGCCCAUCAUCAAACGGAGGGGAGGGGGAUCACUGGGAUGACGGACCGGAUGGUGCCUUGGACGAACUCAUUGAAGAAGUGGAGCGCGACGGAGCACAAGGUACCGCAGUGUCCGAAGGGACAGUGCUAGCUCAACCAGCAGCUGCAGAGUUCCUUCAAGCUGUACAAGCUUUUGCGGCGCCAUUCGAGCAAGACGCCAACGCCCCAUUCCACCUCCUCAAGCUGCUGAAAGACCUGCUUGAUAAGGGGGACGUUGGCCGUGAUUUUCUGUACGUACUGCACACUAUGCAGGGAGUGGGAACCGUCUCCACGAGACUCCUUAAAGCCGGCCUAGGUCUGGCAGUGCCAACGGACACUCUGCUGAUAGAGGCACACACAGAGGUUGUGGUUAAGUAUCUCCGUCCUGGGUCGGGAAACUGGCCGAAGUUUGUGGAACAGUGCGAACUACUAGAAGAUCUAGCAGAGAACAUGGGAGGGGAACUUGCGGAGCGAUGGUCGUGCUUUCAACGAGCGAUUAUUAAUCCGUUGCUUGCAAGCGAGCUGGUGGUCAGAUUUAACCAAGAGUCGUUCUUUGGAAAUCUGAGAGCCUUUGUAGAGCGUGCGAACGGGGCGCUCCAGGGCCAUCAAAGGUUGGGCCAGCAUGGCGUCGCACCAAGCGUGCAACACGAGAAGGGGCAGCGCGACGGGGCCCCGAGUGCGCAACCGGACGGGGGGCAGCCUGAAAAAGCCUCUAGUCCAAAAACGGUGGGUGGGCAGCCCGACAAGACGCCGAGUGCGAAAGCGGGGGUGGCGCCGAGCAUUAGGGCGUUUUCAACGCAGCCUGGAGGGGGGGGGGCUGAUAAGGCCUCAAGUCCGAUUCCGGGGGGGGGUCCGAUCACGGCGAGGGGGCCGCUCGACAAGAGGCCGAGUGCACAGCACGGGGGGGCGCCGGGCGAAAGGCGCGGGGGGGCGCCGGGCGAAAGGGCGCCGGGAACGCAGCCGGGGGGGGGCAGGCCUGACAAGGCCUCGGGUCCGAAUCCGGCCGGGGGGCCGCCCGAAAAGAUGCCAAGUGCACAGCUCGGGGGGAAGCCGUGUAUAGGUGAGAGAGACGUUUCGGCCAUGUCGGGGUGGGGCAUAUCUGUUGUCCGCGAAGGCAAGUUGGUCGAGGAAAGAAGUCAAGGGCCGGGAUUGCCGAAUCAAGUAGCUCAACGGAAGGGGGCGGUGUUGAAAACCUGCCAGGUGGAGUCGGAGGUUCGUUCCCACGGAUAA